GCGCAGCCUAUGAUGGAUUAUAAGCUGUUUAUAAAUUUGUUUUCAAUUCUUCUGGCUAUUUAAAUGAAAAUUUUUACAAUAGGAAGCUAUUUAUUAAGUUAUAUGUUAUUGUUAGACAUAUUUGGUAAAUUUAUUUGAAAAAGUGUUCAUCAUGGCUACAGAUGAUGAUUUCUUGUUUCCUUACUGUGACGAUGUCAGCAAGUAUGAAAGAUUGGCCAAGAUUGGUCAAGGUACAUUCGGUGAAGUGUUUAAAGCAAGGCAUCGACAAACCAAAAAAUUGGUGGCGUUGAAAAAGAUUCUGAUGGACAAUGAGAAGGAAGGAUUCCCAAUCACUGCUCUGAGAGAAAUCAAAAUCUUACAACUUCUCAAGCAUGAGAAUGUUAUCAACUUGAUAGAAAUAUGCAAGACUAAAACCAAAACUGAAGGAUCUAAAGGAGCCCCAGCUACAUUUUACCUUGUUUUCGAUUUUUGCGAACAUGAUUUAGCCGGUCUACUCAGCAAUAUCAACGUCAAAUUCAGUUUAGCUGAAAUCAAAAAAGCGCUAAAACAGCUCUUUGAAGGACUUUUUUAUAUUCACAGCAACAAGAUAUUGCAUCGAGAUAUGAAAGCGUCAAACAUUCUAAUUACCAAGGAUGGGAAAUUGAAAUUAGCUGAUUUUGGACUUGCCCGUGCUUUCAGCUCAAGCAGUAAAAGCAACAAAUAUACAAAUCGUGUUGUUACUCUUUGGUAUCGUCCUCCAGAGUUGCUACUAGGUGAACGUAAUUAUGGUCCAUCAGUCGAUCUAUGGGGUGCUGGCUGUAUCAUGGCCGAAAUGUGGACACGUAGUCCAAUUUUACAAGGUUCAACUGAUCAAACUCAAUUGAGCCUUAUAAGUCAAUUAUGUGGAUCAAUUUGUCCGGAAGUCUGGCCUGGUGUCGAAAAACUAGAACUGUUUAACAAAUUGGAGCUGCUCAAAGGACAAAAAAGAAGAGUUAAAGAACGAUUGUCGGGCUAUGUGAGAGAUUCAUAUGCAUUGGAUCUGCUUGAUCGAUUGUUAUGUUUGGAUCCAAAUAAGCGGAUUGAUACAGAUUCCGCUUUGAACCACGACUUUUUCUGGUCCGAACCUAUGCCUGGUGAUUUGGGUAAAAUGUUAUCACAACAUUCCACAUCAAUGUUUGAAUAUCUCGCACCACCAAGACGCCCAAGACAACCGAAUCACCCAGCACCUGGUAACCAUCCCAAACCUCAUACUAAUCAAGACGGGCAAUAUCACGAUAGAGUAUUUUAAAUAAAUUUUAUAAGAAGAUUUGUUUUCCAUUCUGAUCUAAAAUCACUAGAUCUAGCUGUAAAUAAAUUUCAAGUAAUUUUGUAUUUUCUCAUAUAUGAACUAGAUCUAACAUUCGACAUUGCAAGUUUUCAGUCGAUUCAAAUUAUAUCCAUGAAGAUUUUUCAUAUUUCAAUAAAUAAAAUUAAUUUCAGACUACA